CAUGCUGCAAUCUUAACGGAGUCUGACUGAUGAGUGCGGAGCUGUGGUGUCGGCUGCUUCGUUCUUGAGCCCAGCCUCCGUCGGCCGUGUGUUGAGCCGUUUUACCGGAUUAUUUUGUGCGGGGUUGAAGCCGUUCGUCCAGGAUGUCUGUGGCCGGGCUGAAGAAGCAGUUCCACAAAGCCAGUCAGCUCCUCAGUGAAAAGAUCAGCGGGGCAGAGGGGACGAAGCUGGAGGAAGACUUCUUAGAGAUGGAGCGGAAAAUCGAGGUGACCAGCAAGUCGGUGCUUGACCUCCUGUCCAAAACAACAGAGUACCUCCAGCCUAACCCAGCGUCUCGAGCCAAACUGAACAUGCUGAACACGAUGUCCAAGAUCCGAGGGCAGGUGAAGACCACCGGCUACCCCCAGACCGAAGGCUUGCUGGGCGACUGCAUGCUGCGCUACGGCCAGGAACUGGGAGAGGACUCUUUGUUUGGAUGCGCUCUGGUGGAUGUGGGUGAGGCCAUGAGGCAGAUGGCAGACGUGAAGGACUCUCUGGACAUAAACGUCAAACAAAACUUUAUUGACCCCCUGCAGAAUCUACAGGACAAGGACCUCAAAGAGAUCACGCAUCACCUGAAGAAGCUGGAGGGCCGCAGGUUAGACUUUGACUACAAGAAGAAGCGUCAGGGGAAGAUCCCAGACGAGGAGAUCCGGCAGGCGGUGGAGAAGUUCGAUGAAAGCAAAGAGCUGGCUGAGAGGAGCAUGUUCAACUUCCUGGAGAAUGACGUGGAGCAGGUGAACCAGCUGUCAGCACUGAUCAAGGCGGCGUUGGAGUACCACCAGCAGUCGUGUGAGAUCCUGGAGGAGCUCAGUGGGAAACUGCAGAAGAGGAUAUCCUCGGCCAGCAGCCGGCCCAAGAGAGACUUCAAACCAAAGUCGAUCAGGAGCAGCAUCGAGGCGCUCGACAACAACCAGCACAACGGCCUGUCCUACAGCUCCUCGCUCAAGUCCACGGAUACGCAGAUCAGCCACGCACUGAACGGGAAAACUGAUCACAUACCAUCUGUGCCGCUGUCAUGGCCCGACACCCCCACUACCAACGGCAACGCUCACCAGCCGGAGGUUUUGGAUCAGCCCUGCUGUCGCUCCCUCUACGACUUUGAGCCGGAGAACGAGGGCGAGCUGGGCUUCAAAGAAGGCGACAUCAUCAUCCUCACCAACCAGAUCGACGAGAACUGGUACGAGGGCAUGAUCAACGGCGAGUCCGGCUUCUUCCCCAUCAACUACGUGGAGGUCAUCGUCCCCCUGCCUCAGUGAAGAGCGCCGCCGCCGGGCCUCCGUGGACUCUCCUCGGCCCGACUCGGGCGUGAGCGUGCGGCGGAUCGGCAGAUUCUGUUUCGAACCACAGACGCGGAUGUUUCGUCCCGGCCGACUUCAGAUCAAACGUCUCCUUUACUUUUGUCGUCUGUUGAUAUUUAAGAACCUGAACGGAAACCCGAGCCUUUAACGGGACACUCGGCCUCAGCCUGUCGCUCCGCUCGCCGUCCAGCACCGCCGCCUCUGCCGGGUAUCCCGACGCCUCCGUCUGACCACUACAAACAUUUCCUCACUUUAUGGUCACGUUAGUUCUGCUAAAAGUCACCUUUCAAUGUUUCCUGGUUGUGUCAAAAAUGAUGUGUUGCAAAUCAGAAUCAGACAGGAAGUGAGCAGCUCCACAUUCCCACAAUCCGAGGAUGGAGGUGCUUUUAUUUUGAAAUGGAGCUCGGCGAGGUUCUGGUUUUAAUGUGAGAGACGUGAGCGGGUGACUUUGGUCUGUGUGACGAUCCAAAUCCAGCCUUUGUUUGAAGCCUCGCGAUUUCCAAAUCUCAUCCACUUCAUUCUGACGUCACUUUGUUUCUUUACUUUUGUAGUUUCGGCGCCGUUUCUGUCCUUAGUUACAACUUUAUGCUGAGACGUGGACAGCAGGAGACGUUUUAAUGGUUUCAGAAACACGAGCAGUCAGGCGAUCAGUCGUGUUUCCCAACCUUUUGGAGCCACGGCACAUAGCUCACAUUAGAAAACUCACACGGCACCAAAACCAUAGUGAUCAUUUAUCCCCGUGGCUCCGUUUGUCCCCACUAUACCUUUAAGUGGUUCGCCUGGUGUGACUCCUCCUGCCGCCUGCUCGUCUCACUCUGCGUUCUGUGAUCGGGUUUGGUGGCGGUCACGUGCCACGCUCUCAGAUCUCAGCGGUUAGCACAGGUGUCACCCUAACGGACAGAAACGGUGACCCGAGCUCCAAAAACCCAAACUUAACCUUCUUUAAGUCAGAAUAUUUAAAAUGUGAAGCUGAAUGUUUGACCUGUGUUGGUUUUCUCCACUGGAUUUUAUUUUUCUGUUAUUCUGCCCUCUCGGCUCCGACGGCCGGUCUGUGUUUAAACUUCACGUUUGCCCGCCGGAUGCGUGCACGGCGUCGCUCUGAAUGUGUCUCUCUGUGUUUACAUGCUCUGACUCUGACGGUUCGUUCUCAGGACCAGGAACGCCGCCCUGUCCGACAGCCUGAAGGUGAUGUUUGAGCUGUCGUCUGCACUGAAGCUUUUUAGCGUCUGCCUUCCUCCUCCUCCUCCUCUUCAGCACUUUUUCACACAAUCACAGUCAGAUAAGCACAGAUCUUUGUUCUGUACUGUGAUGUAGACCGGAGCAAGUGGCUGUUUCUCAUCUUCAAGCUGAAGAAGUCUGUGAAACUCGUCUAGCUCCUAGUUUUAGUGGGAUGAGUCUGAGGCUUUUAACAGCUGCCGUCUGUUUAGAGUCAGCAAAUAAGAAGGAAACCAACAAACGCCGUCCUCUCUUUGGCUUUUUACUUUAGUUUCACACUUAUUUUAUCAUAUUUUUGUAAGAAAGCUCCUGUUUUUAUUUCCCAUCACUGUAAAUCAGCCCCGGCUCCGUGUGCACCGCUUUAAAGGACGUGUGUGAUGAUGAUGAUGGUGGCGUUGUCUGUGAGACUCUUAAGGUUGUGAUGGACUGGCAGCCUGUCAGAGACCCAGAGUUGGACACGUGAUUUAGCCCGAGAACAGCAGCGUUUACCCGAUUUAAAAACUUCGCGUCAUUAAAGUCCAACGACACGUGAUUGACGUACUGAGAGAGAAACAAAAAAUGCCUUUUUUUUUUAAACGACCACUCGGUGAUAUUUAUGGAAACAUCGCGUCGGUGCUUUAGGGUUAGAAGUGUUCGUCAGCAGCGUUUACCUUCAGGUUGGAUGAUUACGCGUGAUUUAUUACGUCUUGGUUUGUCUCGAUUUUCGGUCCCAGACGCUCUGAUCAGAGGUUUAACAAACGGUCACAGCAGAGCAGGUUUAUUUCCACAUCGAGUGAUCUGGCUGUCGUCUGAUGAUCGCUUCGCUUCUGUUAGUUCAUCUUUUUCAGUCUGUUUCUCCCUGAGGUCAAAUCAGCAGGUGAGUGACUGAACGUGAGGAGAAAAACUGUAUGAGCUGUGAUUUUAGGCUUUUAAUUUGAAAGUUAAACAGGAACUGAACAGCGUUCCAGCCCAGUAAAACCGUGCUUAUUCUUUAUUCCAGCAGGUUUGACCCACCUCUGUUUUUGAUUUUAUUGUAGUUUUUUACUGUAGUCCAAUCGCAGACUGAAGGCAGACGCUCGGCUGCUUCUUUAAUCUAAACCUGAUUUAGCUCAGUCGUGUGUGGAUCAGCUCGACAGGCUGUGUUGGAUUCUUACUGUUAGCUUUCUUAGAUGUAUGAUGAUUUUUUUUAUUUACAGUUAAUUAUGAGUUUGGGGGAGCGGGGAGCUCUUACCUACACAGAGGACAUGCUCCACAAACAAGAGAGGAGUUGUGAAAUGAGCGGACCCCCACAGGGUCGCCUGAGCUUUAUUUUUGACCACAAGCACUCUUUCCAGCUUCGGCACCGUCUUGUCGCCCGGAGCUCUCUCCACGGCUUCCUCCACCACACACUUCUCCCCACGCCUCCAUCACUAUAAAGGGGGGAGGGUCAUUAGCUCCAUCAUAAUCACCUGUCCCCUCUGACGUCCUGGCACCGCCCCUCCACUGCAGCAGGCCAGAGACCACACCCCUGCCACAGAGACCACACCCCUGCCACGGGAGGUUUUUUCUGUUUUCAUAAAUGCAUUUAUCAUAAAAACACCCAGAUGUUUGGUUUUGUUUACAGGCUUCAGACUGAGCCCACGAUCGGCCUUCCUCACACUCCCACAGUGAGAAUAACUGACUCUUUGAUACACUAAAAUAAACCGCUCUCUCCACCCCGCGCCUCCGUUUGCCUUUGCAGUCUCAGUGUUCAGUCUGCAAACCUCUUCCCUGCACAAGAAACCGUCACAGUUCUGUGUUUUAGUUUUUCAGUAGCAUAAUUUAUGCAAAAGGUGUUUUAUAGAUGUUGUAAAUGAAUAUAUUCCAAAAAUAUAUUGCGUAAAUAAAUGACGAGUAAAUAUCGA